UUUUUAAAUAUUUUUUCCAGCAUGUUCUCAUUUGAUACUACCAAGGAUAAAAUUUUGUCGGUCUAUUUAAGAAUCAGCCUGUCUAUACAAUCAUAUGAUUGCGAUUACUUUGGGAUUUGGGACCUUCUUUUUAAAAUAUUUGAUUUAUAACUAUAAUGAGCUAUACAAAAAAAAAAUCAAUAAUGACGUUAAUGGUCUCUUACUGUUUACAAUUUAAGUUGCUUAACACAUGUUAUUAUUAUUUAUUACUUACACAUCAACACAUCUAACGCACAAAGAGACGUAAAAAUGUUUUGGUAUAAUAUUGAUUUUGUUUCAAAUAAUAACUUCGGGAAUAUUCUCUACGCAUUUUUCAAUGAUUUUUGUUUAUUUUUAGCAAGAAAAAGUGGGUCUUUUAAUCUCCCCUAUAAUGAUUUCGCAAGUUCAUAAAUAAUUUAUUUAUUACAAUGUUUUUGCAAGUAUUUUUAUCACUUUUAAUAAAUGUUUUUGCGAUAAUCGUUAAAACAGUAUAGCGAAUUCUUUUCCUUCUCAUCACUUUUUGCACAUAUCAUCUAAGUAAUGGCUUCUGGCCAAAGUUUGAGAUGAUAAAAAAUAAGCUGAGACGAAGUAAUUCGCCUGCCAGACUUGCUUCCAUUGUGGCACAAAAAUAAAUUUUGUUAUCAUAACAUUUAAUGCAGACAGAGAUAACAAACUGUAUACACUCAUUAGUCAUUACACAGUUGAGCCGAUAUUGAUUAAAAAAAUUAUAGUACAAUGAAAAUUGCUAUUAUUGGUGCCGGGGGGGCAGGUUUGUGUGCUGGGAGACACUGUUUGAAAGAAGAUAUCGCAUUUGAUAUUUUUGAACAAACUGGGAAUUUGGGAGGAACCUGGAACUAUACAGAUCUAGUUGGUUGCGAUGAAAACGGCGUUCCAAUUCAUACUUCCAUGUACAAAGGUCUAAGAACGAACUUGCCGAAAGAACUGAUGGCCUUUGAGGAUUUCUCGUAUCCAAAACAAAAUCGAUCUUAUUUACUACAAGAAGAAGUUCUAGAUUACAUUAGAAGUUAUUCGGAUAAAUUCCACAUCAAUCCUCAUAUCAAAUACUUUAAACGCGUGAUCUGGAUUGAACGUCAAAAUUUUUUAUGGUCUGUUCAUUACGAAGAUGUUAAAAUGAGAGAGAAAAAGACAGAGCAUUACGAUGCAGUUAUUAUUUGCAAUGGUCACUACAGUGAUCCCUUCAUUCCCGAUAUUCCAGGAGUAAAAUGUUUUUUAGGAAGAAUUAAACACAGUCAUGAAUACAGAUCACCUGAACCUUAUAACAACAAAAGAGUGUUGAUUGUAGGUUCAGGUCCUUCAGGAUUAGACAUUUCGCGACAAAUUGCGAACGUGGCUUCGAAGGUAUUUCUGAGUCAUAGAUCUAAAGAUGCUUUACCAACUGAUGAUACUUUGCAUCAGAAGUGCUUAAUAAAAGAAUUUCUUGAAAACAGGGCAAUUUUUGAGGAUGGCACGUGCGAAGAAAUUGAUGAGGUUUUAUUUUGCACUGGUUUUAAUUACGAGUUUCCUUUUUUAUCCACCUGCUGUGGAGUCAAAGUUACCGACAAUUACGUCCAUCCAUUGUAUAAACAAAUUAUUAGUAUAGAAAAUCCCACGUUGGCUUUUAUUGGAAUUCCAUUCAAAACAUGUCCUUUUCCUUUGUUUGAUAUACAGGUUCGAUUUUUUUUGGCGACACUUACUGGUCAUUUCAAGUUACCAAAAAAACAAGAUAUGUUAAAAGAAUUAGCUGAGGAAGAAAAACGGAAAUCUGGUGUACCUAAGUCAAAAUACCAUCAGCUCGGUGGAGCCCAAGGAAGCUAUUUCGAUAACUUGGCUGAAACAGCAAAGAUAAAAAAGGUACCUCAAGUGAUACAAAAAUUGUACCUCAGAAUUAUCAUGAACCGUAAUUUGAACGACUGUUUUAAAAUCAUUGAUGAUGAUAAUUGGAUACAAAUAUAAUGGAAAUGUUUUGAUUUUUUUCCUUAUAUUGGUAAUAAGUUGUACCUACAACUAAAAAAAUAAAUCUUAUUUUUGCUGUUAA